UGAGAUGAAAAAAAACAGUCUUUAGAUGCUUACAUAAACAAUCAUGCUUGUCACUGUAGUUUUUCGCGGAAUUCAAUCACAAUGUUUCUGCGGGAUAACACUUGGAGAUAUAAUCGCUUCAUCAUAUCCUGUCCGAGAGGAAACCCGAGUUGUUGAACUACAUCGAAGCACAGCAGGCCCGUGGUUGCUCGCUGGUAUGGGCAACGCAGCGCUGGUUAGGCCAAACGCCCGUUUCCAGCAUAUUGAUCUUGCCAUCAGAGUGCAGUUUAAAUUUAUUGAUCGAACCCAAGGAAUCAAUACAUCCAGCUUUUGGGAUUUCGUGUGGACGGCGAUUCCAGUUACGUUUCGG